AUGUAUCUCAACUUGUACAAACCAGGUCGACCAACGCGAUGGUCGAUUACCUUCGCAUGCCAGCUCGCCUUUGUCUUGUUCGGAUAUGACCAGGGCGUCUUCAGUGGUAUCAUCGGCAAUGAGCAUUUCCUCGAUACCAUGAACCAUCCUAAUGACAGUCUCAUGGGCAUCAUUGUCUCAAUCUACAAUUUGGGCUGCUUCAGUGGAUGUAUUCUUAACUUCUUCAUUGGCGACAAGCUUGGUAGACGCCGAUGUAUGUGGUUCGCUAUGGGUUGGAUCAUUGUUGGAGCAGCUCUUCAAACCUCAGCCUUUGGCGUACCUCAUAUGAUGGUAGGGCGAUACAUUACAGGCAUUGGUACGGGUAUCGAGACUUCUACAGUACCCAUGUAUCAGGCCGAACUUGCUCCAGCAAACAUUCGAGGCAUGCUUGUCUGUUCAGAGCCCCUCUUCGUUGGAGUGGGUAUAGUCAUUUCUUACUUUUUUGACUAUGGUUUGAGCUUCGUUGCCAAUCCACCAGGAAUGGCAUGGCGCCUGCCAAUUGCUUGUCAGAUGAUAUUCGCUUUCGUGGUUGUAUUCAUGGUAUUCGGCUUGCCAGAAUCACCACGUUACUGCUACCAGAAGGGACGAAAGGACGAGGCCUUGCAGAUCCUAUGCAAAGUAUAUGAUGCGCCACCAGACGAUCCUAAAGUUCGUCGUGAAGAGAACGACAUUCUCGAGACCAUCGAACUCGAACGAGAGCAGGGCGGGUAUCAAUGGCGCAACGUUCUCAAGCGCGAUCGCGUUCAGACUGGUCGUCGAGUGCUUUUGGCAUAUGGAAUGCAGUUCAUGAAUCAGAUGGGUGGUAUCAACCUAGUUGUCUAUUAUGUGCCAGAAGCUCUUGAGCAAAAUGUCGGCCUGACCCGGAAUCUGUCCCUGAUCAUCGGCGGAUGCAUACAGGUCAUGUUUGUUAUUGGUUCUUUCUACCCGACCUUUUACUCCGACAAGGUUGGUCGUCGCGCACCCAUGCUCUGGGGUUCAUUUGGCCUUGGUGUCAGCAUGAUGAUGAUUGCUAUUCUUCUGAGCUUCAACGGUACCAGCAAGGAGCAUGCUACUGCCAGUGCGGCCGUGGCUUUCUUCUUCACCUACAUGCUCAUCUUCGGCGCCAGUGUGAAUUGCAUUCCCUGGUGUUACGUCCCUGAGAUCCUGCCACUGCAUGCGAGGGCGAAGGGAACUGCCAUUGGUAUCUCUAGUAACUGGCUCUGGAACUUCUUCGUCGUGAUGAUCACUCCCAUCUUGUUGAACCGCUUGGCCUGGAAAGGAUAUCUGGUUUUCAUGGUCACGAACUUCCUCUUCGUACCAUUGGUAUACUUCUGCUAUCCUGAAACUGCCAACUUGACAUUGGAAGAAAUCGACUAUAUCUUUAGUGAUGACACAAAGAAUAGCGUGAAAUGGAGCUUGGAAAUGAGAAAGGAAAGGACGAAGUACGGACGACGAGAGAGCUUCGUCGAGGAUGGGGAUAUGCGACGACGUAGGAGUAGUGCUGGUGAUGGAGGGAGUAUGGACAACGGGAGGACAUUGCGAGACAGUUCUGAUGAGGGGAAGAUAGCUGGACAGGCUGAGCACUCGGAGAAGAUCUGA